AUCUCUCUCCCUCCCCCCCGUUUCUUCCCCAAUUCCCUACCUAGAGAAACCCUAAUUCUUCUUCUAAUUCUUUUUCUUCUUCUUCCAAUCGGCAGCGCAGCAUGGAUCGAGAGCCGGAGGAGCUCCAAUUCCUGGGUCCCGUGGGGAUCUACCACGAGGCGUCGAAGAUCGUGCUCUCAUGGCGGCGUCUCUUCUCCCAGAUCACCCUCGCCCUCGUUCUCCCCCUCUCCACCCUCUUCUUCGUCCACAUCUACGUCUCCCACCUCCUCUUCUCCAAGAUCGACCGCAACGAGGUCGCCCUCGACGAUGCUCCCACGGGCUCCCCUUCCGAAUCCGCCAUCCUCUCCCGCCUGACAUCCGAAUGGUACGGCUUCCUCCUUUUCAAGGCCGCCUACCUCCUCGCCCUCCUCGUCCUCUCCCUCCUCUCCACCUCCGCCGUCGUCUACUCCGUCGCCUCCAUCUACACCGCCAAGGACCUCUCCUUCCCCAAGGUCCUUUCCGUCGUCCCCAAGGUCUGGCGCCGACUCAUGGUCACCUUCAUCUGUGCCUUCCUCCUUCUCCUCGCCUACAACACGGUCGCCAUCUUCGUCAUCGUCCUCGCCGUCCUCCUCCUCGGCCCCGCGACCCUCGGCGCCGUCGCCGUCGCCCUCAUCUUCCUCCUCUAUGCCGCCGGCCUCGUCUGGAUCAGCGUCAUCUGGCACGUCGCCAGUGUCGUCUCCGUCCUCGAGGACACCUGCGGCAUCGAGGCGAUGCGAAAGAGCCGGGUCCUCAUCAAGGGCAAGACCUGGACGGCGGUCGCCAUCUUCGUCUUGCUCAACCUCUGUUUCGUGGGCGUGGAAGUGGGUUUCAAACUCCUGGUCGUCGAUGGAUCUUAUAUGAAUCUCGGGGUGGUUUUGAGGGUCGGGUACGCGGUCCUGAUGCUAUCCAUCCUUUGCAUGGUAAUUCUCUUCGCCUUGGUGGCGCAGACCGUGGUUUAUUUCGUGUGCAAAUCCUACCAUCAUGAGAGCAUCGAUAAGUCGAGCCUGGCCGACCAUCUCGAGGUGUAUCUCGGGGAGUAUGUGCCCCUCAAAGCAAAGGAUGUGCAAUUGGAGCAGUUCCACGUUUGAUUUGAUGAUGUAUCAUACAUACAAUGUGAGUUCCGGUGAAUGAAUGGUGGAUGAUGAUACGAUGUUGUAAAAAUCUCAUUGUAGGGGUUACUUGGCGGAACAAAAGGAAAUUUAUAGCCACGUAAUUCAUCCCAGCUUCUUAGUGAAGAUUUUUUGUGUGCAUGAAAUAAUAUAUCUAUUUGUAUUUUAUCCUAUA